AUGCGCCAUGGCGGAGACUCUGAGCAGCAACGCGAUGAACUAUCUCGUGUAGUAUGGCGAUACCUACAGGAAGCCGGAUUCGGCAAUGCAGCGCUGCAACUCUCACGAUGCUGGAUUCGCGACCCCGACACGCUGCCCUUUGCUAGCAAGAUUGAGCCGCACACGCUCAUUAGGCUGGUCCAGGAUGGCAUGUGUUUCGACCGCCUCCAGGCCGAGGCCUGCAAUACGGAACCGCGCUACAAAUUCGGCAGCGACCACGGUCGCCCUUACUCCCAGCGCAAUGGCAACCUCUUGACACUCGACAAGGGCAUUCCCGCCCACGAGCUGGCCGCCGAGGCCAACGGCGCCGUCCAGGAGCCGCCGCCCAAGAAGACGCUGAAGCGCAAGAAGACGAAGCCGCCAAAUGGCAUCGAAGCGCGCCCCGAGCCCCACGUCAACGGCGAUGCCAUGGAUAUUGAGCACAACGGCGCGACCACGCACCUUACCAACAGCGUCAGGGCCGAGUCGGAGCCCAUGGUCUCAGAGGCCGAGUCGCUCACCGUCGCUGAGAUUCCCAUAUCCACGCUUAGCAUAGGGCACGACGAGGGCAUACAGACUGACGUGAUAGCUGUGGCUGACCUCACCCCAGAGACCGUCUUUGUGCCAUGCGACCCGAAUCCCGCAAAGGUCGUUGAGCACACGCUCUGGGGGCCCAUCGAGUCGCCAGUACUACUCGCAGCAGGAAAAUCGCUGCUCCAGGUCCACGUGGUCCGCAAAGCCUCUAGUUCGGACCAAACGCCAUCUUUCCACACCCUCGACAUGCCUCUGCCUGUCGCCAACUUUGAUGUCACCGCGCUAUGCUGGCACUCUGACGACGAGCUCACCGUCUCCGUACGAGAGCAGUGCUUCAACGAGGUCGGCGAGAAGAUGAUGAUGGACAAGCUCAUCAAGCUCACCGACGGCGGCCAGACGUCGCACAUCAUCUCCUCCACGGCCGGCCUCAUCAACACUUUGCGCUGGAAUUCGGACCGAAAUCUACUACUGUCCAUAUCGACCGACGGCCAAAAGGGCUCAAUCAAGGUCUGGAACAACGACAGCGACUCCAUCCCCGCCUGGACCGAGUUUACAGACACUGCCAUCUUCGACGCGCACUGGAUCAGCGAGUCGGCCUUUGUCGUUUGCGGCAUCAAGCUAUUCAAGAUCUACCAAGUCAAUGAGUCUUUGACUACUCAGCGGAUAUUGGACACUCAUAUAACUUGGGAAGCAGUAAAAUAUGACGCUUCUUCCGGAAUCAUCGCCGUCCUGGGCAUCGAAGACAAAAAGAACUACCUAGGUCUUUUCCAUCCCAAUGAAUCAGCACAACUACAGACGCACGAGUACCCCGACGAAUACUUUACCGACCUUGCUUUCCGCCCGAAGCCAACCACAAGUCAUCUCACCAACGGCUCUUCUCUACCAUCUGUACUCCUCGCAACAAGUUCCUUGUCUGGUCCGGCUCGGAUAUGGGAUGCCAAUGAUCCAUUCAACUGCAUAAAGGAUUUACCCACCACCGACAGUACACAGGCCUUUAAGAUUGCCUUCUCGCCAGAUGGAAUGCUCUUAGCGGCAGCGGGUCCCGAUGCCGUCACGGUAUGGCAUGUCGAAAAAAGGGAUAUUCCGCUAGCCUCGUGGCGCGCCAGUGCCUGGCCGGGAGAAAAAUGGAACCCGGGUAUAGACGGCGAGUUCAGUCUCGGUUGGGACCCAGACAGCACGAGACUGUCAAUUGCUCUCGGAAACCAGAUCGCAAUCAUCACGGUUCCACGGUAG